UCCAAAUCCUGCCUAUGGCCAUCAUCAUCGCGACACCGUUACUGCGACGGUAAAAAUGUCCAGCCAAGACAACCAGGGCAUUGCGCUCUGGCACCAGCCCAGCACCGUCGGCCACAAGCUCCUCGAGCUCCCACCAGAGCUUCUCUCCAUCCUCGAAGGGGAAAACCCCCCCACGCUCACCCUCGAAUCAUCCCCCACAGUCGCAGUCCUCAAGGCCGCCGGCAAGAAAUAUUCCCUCCGGCAGAAGAACACGUCCAACGCGCUGAUUCUCCUCUUGCCCACGUACGCCCCGCCCGCCUCCUCGGAGAUCCCAGAGCUCGGCCUAGGUGCUGUGGCCACGCUGCACGAGACAAUAGAGCUCGUGCCAGAGGCCGGAAAUGGACCUCCAGCUGCAGCUACAAAGGGGAAAUGGCACGAGAAAUUUGGGAGGAAUAGGUAGCCGGCAGGAAAUUUAAAGCUAGAAAGCAUCACCCAGGUCAAGUUCUGGGUUCCAUGCAUCCACUAUGACCGC